GGCGGCGGAGCGACGGCGCCGGUAGCGACAGCCAUGGAGACGGAGGGCGGCCCGCUGGGCCCGGGGGAGCGCUGGGCGCCGGUGGGAGCCGUGUCGGCUGCGGCGGAGGAGGAAGCGGAGGAGGAAGAAGAUGAUGAGGAGGAAGCGGCGGGCGGGUCGCCGCAGUCGGUGCCGCGGCUGCGGGCGGAGCGGCGGCGGCUGCACGGGGCGCUGCUGGCGCUCGCCUCGCACUUCGCGCAGGUGCAGUUCCGGCUGCGGCAGGUGGCGCGGGCCGGGCCGGGCGAGCAGCGCCGCCUGCUCCGAGACCUGGAGGACUUCGCCUUCCGCGGCUGCCCCGCGCCGCUCGGCCUCGGCCUCGGCGGAGCCCCGGGUGAGCGAGAGAAGCGGGAGCAGACGGAGGUGCAGAAGGAGAAGCAGAGGGAGCUGAUACUGCAGCUCAAGACACAGCUGGAUGACCUGGAGACGUUUGCUUACCAAGAGGGCAGCUAUGAUUCUCUGCCACAGUCUGUGGUUAUGGAAAGACAACGGAUGAUUAUCAAUGAGCUGAUAAAGAAGCUGGACAUGGACUUGAGUGAAGAUUUUGCAGCGCUCUCUCCAGAGGAAUUGCGACAGCGUGUGGAUGCUGCCAUAGCGCAGAUUGUUAACCCAGCCAGGGUGAAGGAGCAGCUGGUGGAGCAGCUGAAGACGCAGAUAAGGGACCUUGAAAUGUUCAUCAACUUCAUCCAGGAUGAAGUUGGAAGCUCUGGUAAGGCGGAAGAUGGACACUGUGAGUGUGCAGGCAGAAAAGAUGGUGGUGGCUCCCACAAACCAAAUACACGUCCUCCUGGAAAUAGAGUGAACCCAGAAGAUGCCAGAAAGAUGAGAGAAACCGGCCUGCACCUCAUGCGUCGCAUGCUUGCCGUGCUGCAGAUAUUUGCUGUCAGUCAGUUUGGUUGUGCCACGGGUCAGAUUCCUCGCACCCUCUGGCAGAAGGACCAAGACAACAAGGACUAUUCCCCCUUAAUCAAGAAACUGGAGCUGUCGGUAGAGCGGGUGAGGCAGCUGGCAAUGAAGUACCAGCAGGAAGACCACGUUAUCAGUUCCUCCGACCUGCAGGACAUUCCCUUAGGAGGCAGGGAUGAGCUGACUCUGGCUGUGCGGAAGGAAUUGACCAUUGCUUUGCGAGACCUGAUGGCUCAUGGGCUCUACUCUGCUUCCCAAGGAAUGAGCCUGGUAUUGGCACCCAUCGCGUGCUUGAUUCCUGCGUUCACCUCCUCACCGCAGAGCAUGCACCCCUGGGAGCUCUUUGUGAAGUAUUACAACGCAAAGAACGGGCAAGCCUUUGUGGAAUCCCCGGCUCGCAAACUCUCCCAGUCCUUUGCCUUGCCUGUGACAGGAGGCAUGGCUGUGACACCCAAACAGAGCCUGCUGACAGCGAUUCACACUGUCCUCACGGAGCAUGACCCCUUCAAGCGCAGCGCGGACUCGGAGCUGAAGGCGCUCGUGUGUAUGGCGCUGAACGAGCAGCGCCUGGUCUCCUGGGUAAAUCUCAUCUGCAAAUCUGGAGCUCUGGUACAGGCCCACUACCAGCCAUGGAGCUACAUGGCAAACACAGGCUUUGAGAGCGCGCUCAACGUUCUCAGCCGCCUAAGCAACUUGAAAUUCAACCUCCCGGUAGACCUGGCUGUCCGGCAGCUGAAAAACAUCAAAGACGCUUUUUGAUGUGUUUUUAUUGUAGAUCAUCCCUUUUCCACAAGCAGGGCAGCUGCUGGGCCCAAAGCCUGGCUUUUUUAAGACCCAGUUUGGCUCUUUGAAAUUGAUACUUGCUUUUAGGGAAAUCUCAUGGUAUCUCGAUGCUGGAAAUCUGCGUGUUUACA